UGCAGGGAUCUGGGGAUCAGAGCCGGAUCUGGAAGGAAAGUCCAGACUUUUCCAGACCAGAACGCGACCUUUCAGCAUAAAAGCUUCUCUGGUAUUAUUGUGAAGUCCUGGGGGGAGCAUGGCGACUUCCUAUUUCACCUUCCUCACCUGUGGAUCAGAGGGAAUUCUGGGAAAGGAGCCGCCGCUGGAGGUGCUGAAGACGUCUGCGCUCAACCACAUCCCAACAGUGGACAUCAGCUCGGCGCUGCCGCUGCGUCUGCCUCCGGCCGCCAUCCCCAUGGACCUGCGCGUGGACCACCAGGCGUCCCCCCCUGGCCAGCAGUCGCCCGGGCCGCUGGGGGGGACGGGGGGCCAGCAGGGCGCGGUGGCGGCCUCCAUGCGCGAGCAGCAGCUGCAGCAGGAGCUGCUGACGCUGAAGCAGAAGCAGCAGAUCCAGCGGCAGAUCCUCAUCGCCGAGUUCCAGCGGCAGCACGAGCAGCUGUCCCGCCAGCACGAGGCGCAGCUUCAGGAGCACAUCAAGCAGCAGCAGGAGCUCCUGGCUCUGAAGCACCAGCAGGAGCUGCUGGAGCACCAGAGGAAGAUGGAGAACCACCGUCUGGAGCAGGAGCUGGAGAAGCAGCAGCGGGAGCAGAAGCUGCAGCUGCUGAAGAACAAGGAGAGGGGCCAAGAGAGCGCCGUGGCGAGCACGGAGGUGAAGAUGCGUCUCCAAGAGUUUGUCCUAAACAAGAAGAAGGCCCUGGCCCAAAGGAGCCUGAACCAGGCCGGUGUCCCCAACGACGCCCCCUACUGGUACCGAAAAACCCAGCACAGCUCUCUGGACCAGAGCUCCCCGCCACAGACCGGCGUGUCCACCUACAACCACCCCGUGCUGGGCGUCUACAACCCCCGGGACGACUUCCCACUUCGGAAAACGGCCUCCGAGCCGAACCUGAAGCUGCGCUCCCGCCUGAAGCAGAAGGUCAGCGAGCGCCGCAGCAGUCCUCUGCUCCGCCGCCGCGACAGCCCCAUCGCCACCGCCAAGAAGCGCUCACUGGACAUGGCAGAUUCGGCGUGCAGCAGCGCUCCGGGCUCGGGCCCCAGCUCCCCCAACAACAGCUCCAACAGCAUCCCCAACGAGAACGGCGUCGCCGUGGCGGUUUCCAACAGCAUGGAGGUGUCUCUAGCCCAGCGGCUGUGCGGCGGCGCCGAGGCGGGCUCCGUGAACCCCCUCUCCCUCUACACCUCGCCGUCCCUACCCAACAUCACCCUGGGGCUGCCCGCCACGGCCACCGCCACCGCCGCCUCCAACGUCACCUCCGCCCAGCAGGAUGGAGGUCUGCAGCCGGCGCUCUCCCUCAGCCCGCCGUUCCACCUGACCCCCUACCUGGCAGAACCGGCCGGCGGGCACGGCGCCCACAGCCCGCUGCUCCAGCACAUGGUUCUGAUGGAGCAGAGUCCGGCUCAGAGCCCCCUGGUGACGGGCGUUGGCGGUCUGUCCAUGUCGUCGGCGUCCAUGGCCAAGCUGCAGCGGCCGCACCGGCCCCUGGGGAGGACCCAGUCGGCCCCGCUGCCCCAGGGGAGCGCCGCCCAGGCCCACGCCCAGGCGCUGGCGCUGCAGCAGCUGGUGGUCCAGCAGCAGCACCAGCAGUUCCUGGAGAAGCACAAGCAGCAGUUCCAGCAGCAGCUGCACCUCAAUAAGAUCAUGGCCAAGCCCGGUGAGUCCCCCGUGGGACGGCAGCAUCAAAGCCACCCCGAGGAGACGGAGGAGGAGCUGAGGGAGCACCAAGAGGGAGGAGCCUCACCAGGGGUCAUCAUCAAGCAGGAGCCUCUCGACCCCCAGGAGGUGCAGGAGGAGGCGCUGCAGCAGCAAAGGGAGCGGGACAGCCAGACGGAGCAGGAGCUGCUUUUCCGACAGCAGGCUCUCCUGCUGGAGCAGCAGAGGAUCCACCAGCUGAGGAACUAUCAGGCCUCCCUGGAGGCUGCCGGCGUGUCCGUCUCUUUCCCGGGUCACCGCCCCCUCUCCAGGGCGCAGUCCUCGCCGGCGUCCGCCUCCUCCUUCCCCAUUAGUGUCCCUUUGCCAGAUCCUCCCAUCAAGCCUCGUUUCACCACAGGGCUGGUGUACGACUCCCUGAUGCAGAAGCACCAGUGCAUGUGCGGGAACACCAACAGCCACCCGGAGCACGCCGGACGCAUCCAGAGCAUCUGGUCGCGGCUGCAGGAGACGGGGCUUCGGGCGCAGUGCGAGUGCAUCCGAGGGAGGAAGGCCACGCUGGAAGAACUACAGACGGUCCACUCUGAGGCCCACGUUCUGCUGUACGGAACCAACCCGCUGAGGCAGAAAUUGGACUGUUCCAUCACCCCCAUGUUUGUGCGGCUUCCGUGUGGAGGGGUGGGGGUGGACAGCGACACCAUCUGGAACGAGGUCCACUCAUCCAGCGCCGCUCGCCUCGCCGUGGGUUCUGUGGUGGAGCUGGUUUUUAAAGUGGCGACAGGAGAGCUGAAGAACGGUUUCGCCGUGGUGCGGCCCCCUGGACACCACGCGGAGGAGAGCACGCCCAUGGGUUUCUGCUACUUCAACUCGGUGGCCAUUGCAGCCCGGCUGCUGCAGCAGAGGCUGAGCGUCAGCAAGGUCCUCAUCGUGGACUGGGACGUGCACCAUGGCAACGGCACCCAGCAGGCCUUCUACGACGACCCCAACGUCCUGUACGUCUCUGUGCAUCGCUACGACGACGGCAACUUCUUCCCCGGGAGCGGCGCUCCUGACGAGGUGGGCAGCGGUCCUGGAGUCGGGUUCAACGUCAACGUGGCCUUCACAGGAGGCCUGGACCCCCCCAUGGGAGAUGCGGAGUACCUGGCUGCCUUCAGGUCGGUGGUGAUGCCGAUAGCCAACGAGUUCGCCCCCGACAUCGUGCUGGUUUCGUCCGGCUUCGACGCCGUUGAGGGACACCCCCCACCGCUGGGCGGCUACACCCUGACCUCCAAAUGCUUCGGGUAUCUGACCAAGCAGCUGAUGACGCUCGCCGGGGGCAGGCUGGUGCUGGCGCUGGAGGGGGGUCACGACCUCACAGCCAUCUGCGACGCCUCUGAGGCCUGCGUGGCGGCCCUGCUUGGCCAGGAGCUGGACCCGCUGCCGAAGUCCGUCCUGGAGCAGAGGCCCAACGCCAACGCCGUCCGCUCUCUGGAGAAGGUCAUAGAGACCCACUGUAAAUACUGGCGCUCCGUGCAUCGCUUCUCGCCACGGCUGGGACUGUCACUCCUGGAGGCCAAGCGAGCGGAUUCGGAGGAGGCCGAGGCCGUCAGCGCCAUGGCGUCCCUGUCUGUGGCCAACACCAGCACCAUGGACCAGAGGCCGGAGGAGGAGGAGCCUAUGGAGGAGGAGGCGCCGCUGUAACGGCGGCGAAGGUGUCGCAGCGUAACCUUCGACCUCUCCAGAGAAAAGUGGCGACCGAUCCUUUCAUUUACUCCCCCCUUAAACCCCCACUCACCCCGUCAGUCACCUUGAUUGGCGGCCCCUCGGCCUAAAACCAGGGAGAGGGGGGUGGGCUCGGCCUCAGAGUAGGGAGCCAAUCAGAAGCCAGAAGACUGAAGCCUUCAACACGACGGCGUUGCUUGGCGGCACUCGCUCAGAGACUUCCGUUUUUUUGCUCCCAGUCUCCGCGCGCCCCCCCACGUGAGCCCGCGGCGGCGGCGUGGAGCGCGUCUGGAGCGGGAGCGCCGUGGAAAGGCGUGGCAACACUGCGGUGCUUCACGCCGUCUGACAUUCAGAGACAGCCGCCCCUCUGCAGUCGGGGGGGCGGGGUCCUCUUUUCUUAACUUCUUUCCCUGCAGAACAGAGGGGGGGGCGGGCGCCACGGCGACUUGAGCCGCGCUCACUGUGGAUUCUUGGCUUGAGAAGGCUUUGGCGAAGCGCCGCCGCCUGCGGGCGGCUUGGCGGGCGGGAGGAGUGCCUUGGUGAGGAUCCGCUCCGUGUCUGGAUCAUUCAGGAUGAGAUUGCCUUAAAGAUUUUUGUCGCCGUGGAAACCGGCGGCGGGGCGGGAAGCCAGCAGUCCUUCAGCAUGUUUACUGGUGACGAAGACGGCGGCGAAGAGUUCCUUUACUUUUGGAUGGAUCUAUUUUUCUGUACAAAACUAUAACGGAGACGGCGGCGUGAAGAAAAGACGACGGCCGGCUCUGGCUGAAGGUCCAGCCUCUCAUGUAGCUUCCCUUUAAGGCGUGGCCUCCUUCUCCACGGAAGAGCAUGCGUCCGGGCACGCCACGCUCCGAGCACGCCACGCUCCUGAAUGUUCAAGGCCAAAGCAUGCGUCUGCACCCUGGCGCCGCCCACCUGGCCAGGACUCUGGCGUCUGGAUGUUUACGACCCGUUUCCAGGCGGAUCCGGCCGCCGUGAGCUGACAGCGGUCGGCGCGCUUCUAGUAUGACGGGCAGCACGUUCGAUUCCCACGCGUCGACGUCAGACGGCCCGUUUGUCCGCUCUUUGUUUUUUACUGCGUGAGAUUAUUUUUCUAACUUCUGUCAUGCGUCUGUCGUGUUUUGAUCCGGUUUCUGCGGCGCUGCAGGGGCGCCGUCCACACGCCGACGCCUCCUUCACUGCAUUGAUCCAAAAGCAGGAGCGACGCCCUUUCUUUCUUUCUUUCUUUCUUUCUUUCUUUCUGCGGCUGCGUCAGCCGCGUUUAUCAGCGUCGUAUUUAUUAUACUUUGUACUUGGACAUUUCCUAACUGAUGACAGCUGUGAUCUUGUGGGAGGCGGCCUGCUGGAGGCUCCUCCUCCUCAGACUCUGUUGUUUUCCAGUCGCCCUGCGAGGGCAGAGCGUCACCGCCAUCGCUUUUGGGGGCGCGCUCACUUUUGUAAGUCCUGAGAGGAGGCCGUUCAAUGCGGCCGGCCGGCGUCACUUUGGCGUGAGGAAGAGGAGGAGCCGUCUGCUUCAUCCACCCACAAGUCCAGUAGCGUCACUCUGCAGCCAGCGAGUACGGAAGGCAAAAAGGGACAUUUUAAAAAUUAAAAAGUGUCCUUUAAAUUGACCAAAACAUGUCAAAAUAAAACAUUCAUACUUGAAAUAGUUUAUGAAAUGAAAACAAAUUCAGUAUUUAAACAAAUGAACAUAAAUCAGAACUAAACACGUUAAAAAGGUUUAGCAUGAAUGUGUGUUCAGUUUAAAUCAAAGUCAUUUAACAGGAUUUUGGUUCUUUUGAUCUGGUUUGUAGAUAAAGUGUUUUUGUCCCUUUUGGCCUUCCGUAGAUGGACCUCCUGCUCUGGAGCUUAGUUUGUAACCUGCAGGUGAGCGUCUCUCCAGCGUUCAGCAGAGCGUCUCCACAUCAUCAGAAACAUUCCACUCCUUCCCUUCGUUUGAGUUUCCAUUUUUCCCGGUGGAGCCCGGCUUGCUUUGUGGACGUUCUUUCCUGCGUUCGCCGUCUGCUGGCGCCGACUUUUACUCUGCAUGGUUUGUGAGUCCGCAUGCCUGCUUGUCUACGUAACUGAAAUGUAUUUGCACAACAGAAGAAGAACACUGGAGGACUCUGCAGCCCAGCGAUCAGGUCUCCAUCCUCUGAGAGACACUCGGGUCCAAACGACGGGAAGCAUUUCUGGGUUUUGCUGCACUUGGGACGCGCCGGGACGCUUUGAGAGAGACGAGCCGGCGCCCUGAGGACAGAGACUCCAAAGAAUGUUCCUGUUCACGGAUCCUUUCUGCGUCCACAGACGGCAGGGGGGGAGGGCAUGGGUGGCCACGCCCACCCGGGCCAGUUCUCUAUAGAUAUAACCACUGUGGCUCCAGAGCAAACCUGGUUUACAUGUAAAUGCUAAAACUAUUUUUGGUUGUCGUUUGUCCGUGUUGAUGAAACUGUUCUUUCUUUGGGACCUACGCUUUGAACAUUUCAUCAUCUAUAGAAUAUAUUUCUCAAACAGACAA